AUGCUAGCCCUGAAACAUUUGCUGUUCUGUCUAAGCGUCGGUGCGGCGUACGCCCGCGUAGAGCUUGAAAGUUGGGAGAAAACACCGGACAACAAUCCUGACCUGAACAGGAAAGACCUUGGACCGAUGCAGGAUGCAUGGAAAACAAUCAAGGGUACGGCGAACCAGAGCUAUUAUCUAAUUUAUAGUAGCGGAUUAUGGGUCCGCAGAGAUUACGAAGAUGUGAGAUGCCUCCAAGUGCAUUCAAGCGACCUCAAUCACACAUUGAAGAGUGCCGCUUACACAUUAAAAUGGUACGACACAGACUCUCAAGAAAUGAAAUCAAAAACACAAUAUGUUCAAGCUGUAAAACAAAAGGAUUAUAGCAUUGAAAAUAUUAUGCAUUUGGGCCAGCCUCAGCGUAAACCCACAUCACGAAAUGGAACCUGCUAUAAUCUCGAUUUCACCUCCCCCUGUCGCAGCUGCUUCAUACUUCACCAGGAAUGUUGGCGACCAUUCAUCGUUCUAUAUUCCGAAAAAUACGUGUUAUACGAGAAUUCUUUUUGUUAUAUAUUGAGAUCACUACGAGAUCGUGAACGCCAUGAAUCUUGUGAAUUCUGGCUAAGGGAAGAUUGGGUAAAGAACAAUUUGUCGAUUCCCGAAGUACAGAACGAAGAAAGUGAGAAAAACGAGGAGCAGUCUGGGAACGCGGAUAAGACAACGUAUUUGUACGAUUCCUUAUUUAAGAAACUUCCAUCCAGCUGCCGAUACGCAUUUCUUCUUAACUGCGGAUAUCCGACGUCCCGAAUUUAUGACAAGGAAGACUGCGACAAGAUGAAUGAAAAAGAAAAUGCUGCAUCAGGUGACACAAACGGAAGUGACUGA